UUUCUUAUCCCAUGUUUCCACAGUGCUAUCAACUAUGAGAACAACGAGGCUAAUAAAAUCAAGAAUCAACUGACCGGAGAAUGGGGAGGUGUUCCAGACGUGGCGAGACACUACAAGUCGAAGGGCCUGCAGUGGGUCGCUGUUGGUGACGAAAACUACGGCGAGGGAAGCAGCAGGGAACAUGCUGCUCUAGAGCCACGUCAUCUCGGAGGUCGAGCAAUUAUUGUGCGCAGCUUUGCCCGGAUCCACGAAACGAACUUGAAGAAGCAAGGUAUGCUUCCUUUGACCUUCGCUGACCCGAAGGAUUACGACAAAAUACAACCCACUGAUCGCAUCUCGCUCUUGGGCCUGAAGGACUUGGCUCCUGGCAAGCCUGUGCAAUGCGAAGUGAAGCAUACGGAUGGUAAAAUCGACAAGGUAACGCUCAACCACUCACUGAACUCGCAGCAGAUCGAGUGGUUCAAGGCUGGCAGCGCUUUGAACCGCAUGAAAGAAGUGGCGAAGCACUGAGAUCCCGUGGAUGAUUUAUUAGCAGUCAAAGUCUGUUAUCCUGUGAAAAAGACAGAGGCUCCUCAAGGUGCAAUAAUAUCUGGUGGAAAUCACUUAGGACUAUUUGUUUGGUCGAUUUUGUGCUUUCUCAUUCUUAUUUAAGAGCAUUUAAGAUCUUUUGCGCUUCCAAUGCGGAGGUGAGGAAAAGGGGUAUUGUUGAGGACGGCUCGAAUAUAGUUGGUCAUGUGACUUUUUGUGAUGAAA